CAAACCACGAAAACCAAAUGAAAUAAAUUUAUUUAAAAAAUAAUAAAUAAAAUAUUUAAAAUGGGUGGAGGAGACUUGAAUUUGAAGAAAUCAUGGCAUCCUCAUACGAUGAAAAAUCAAGAAAAAGUCUGGAAGGCCGAACAAGCCAAAAAUGCAGAAGAUCGCAAAAUGAACGAUUUAAGGAGGGAAAUUAUGGAAGAAAAAAAUCGAGAAGAUCUUGUUAAGAUUGGCCAAUCUUCAGGAGUUUUAGCUAAAAAUGAUGACAAGAAACUUGAAUGGAUGUAUAAAAGCAGCUCUGAACUUAUUAACCGUGAAGAUUAUCUUUUGGGACGACCAAUCGAUAAAGCAUUCGAGCUAAUGGAAGCCGAAGAAAAGAGCCAAGACAUGUCUGGCAUGAAAGUGCCUAUCAAUCAUGUUGAACACGAAUGCAUACCCUUUUCAAUAAGAUCAUAUCGUAAUGCUACAACAUCAUCAGAACAAGUAGAUCUUCAACGAAAAAUACUUGAAGAUCCACUUAUGAUGAUUAAGCAAAAAGAAAUGGAAUCGAGACGUAAGAUUUUAGAGAAUCCCGUAAAACUAAAGGAAUUGCAUAGAAUACUUAAAAUCGAAAAGACAAAAAAGUCCAAAGGUGGUGAUGGUCAAUCAUCUAAAAAGAACAAAAAGAGUAAAAAGUCAAAGAAGAAAAAGAAUCGUGGUUCAGAUUCUGAUGAAAGUGAUGGAAGUGAUAAGGAUUUGGAUAAAAUGUUACAGAAGCAGUAUAAAAAACUUAAAGAUAAAGACAGUAAACAGUUGGGUGGACUUGAUUUAAGCAAGCUUCUGGAUGCAAAGUAUGAGACGAUAUCCAAAGAACUUGACAAAGCUGCCAAUUCAAAAAAGAAAAAAGGUAAAUCAAAGAAAAAGUCAAAGAAUCGUAGUAGUAGCAGUGAUAGCAGCAGUGGAAGUGAGAGUGAUAGUGACGGAAGUAACAAAAUGAGAGACAAAUUUCAGGAAAGGCGGUCUUACAGAGACAAGAGUCGAUCUCCAGUUGGACGAAAAGAUCAAAGAAGGGAUCGAUCUUCAGUUGAUCGUAGAGAUCAGAGAAGAGAUCGAGGGAGUCGAUCUCCAUUUGAAAGAAGAGAUCAGAGAAGGGAUCGGGGGAGUCGAUCUCCCAUUGACCGAAGGGAUCAGAGAAGGGAUCGAGAGAGUCGAUCUUCGGUUGAUCGUAGAGACCAGCGGAGAGAUCGUGAUAGACAAUCCCCCUCCGAAAGGCGAAAUUGGAAUGCAGGAAACCGCGAUAGGAAUUAUUCUUCUAAUUACCGAGCAGACAAUCGCUCUCAAAGAAGAUCUCGAUCGCCUAAGAAAAAUGAUCAAUCUUACAAUCGCACGAAAUCACCACCCAAAACUAAAACCUAUUCCUCCAACGAAGAACAAAAAUCUAAAGUUUCAUCUCAGAAGCAACGUCUUACAGAAGAAGAAAAAGAAAAACGUCUCAAAGAUAUGAUGGAUAAUGCUGCUUGGCGUGAUAAAGAACGAACUCGCUAUGUCCAAAACUAUCGUGAGGGAUAUGAAAAAGAAGAGGAACAGAAUAUAGCUCGUGGAUUUGAUAAGGAAUUCAUUAAUACACAGUUGCGAAAAGCCAUAUCAACACAAAACUCUGUUGAGUCUAGAAUUAAGUCAAAUGUAAAUAAUAUUCAAAGAACAUCGGCAGCAAUGAAUGCUAAUUUUGCUAAAAAAUAAUAAAAAAUUUGGGGUAAGA